GGCAAGGGCCGAGCGGGAGCGGUGGGGGGCAGGGGGGCGAGGAGUAGGGACGGGAGCGAGACCGGGCGAGGGCGCCCGGCGGCCCCGAUGCGGCUUCGCACCGCCUCCGGCACCUGCCCGCGGCUGUGGCGGGCGCUGCCCUGCCCGCCGGCCGAGCUGCGCCUGGACCUCGUGCUGCCCUCGGGGCAGGCGUUCCGGUGGAGAGAGAGCAGCCCCGGCGCCUGGACCGGGGUGCUGGCGGGGCGCGUGUGGACGCUGCGGCAGGAGCGGGACCGGCUCUGGUACACGGUGUAUGGCGAGGAGGAAGAGGAUGGGCGUCCAACCGGGGCAGCGAAGCCACACAGUGCCGAGACGGACCAGAUCCUGCGUGACUACUUCCAGCUGGAUGUGGGGCUGCAGGCGCUGUACCGCACCUGGGGAGCGGCCGAUCCCCUCUUCCGCGAGGUGGCUGAUGACUUCCCAGGAGUGCGGGUGCUGCGGCAGGACCCCGUCGAGUGCCUCCUCUCCUUCAUCUGUACCUCCAACAACCACAUCUCCCGUAUCACCGCCAUGAUCGAGCGGCUCUGCCAGGCCUUUGGCCGCCGCCUCUGCUGCCUCGAUGGCCAGCCCUUCCAUGCCUUCCCCUCGCUCUCAGCACUCACAGGCGCUGAUGCUGAGGCCCAGCUGCGGGCGCUGGGCUUUGGGUACCGCGCCAAAUUCGUCAGUGGGAGCGCACGAGCCGUCGCUGAGGGGAUUGGCGCCGAGGGGCUGUGCCGGCUGCGUGCCGCACCGUAUGCUGAGGCCAGGAGGGUGCUGUGUGCCCUGCCCGGCGUGGGCACUAAGGUGGCCGACUGCGUCUGCCUGAUGGCCCUGGACAAGGCAGAAGCGGUGCCAGUGGACACCCACGUCUGGCGCAUUGCACGGCAACGCUACGGUGCAGCACUGGGCGGCAAGAGCCUGACCCCCCGGGCUCACCAGGAGAUCGGCGAUUUCUUCCGGGGGCUGUGGGGUUCCCAUGCCGGCUGGGCGCAGGCAGUCCUCUUCUGCGCUGACCUCCGCAAGGGCCAGGAGCCAGCUGGCAGCCGGGAUCAGAACUGGGAGGGCUGUGGCCAGGACAGUUGCAGGGACGGGCCCCGCUAGGGACAGGAGGAACGGAGCCCCUGGGCCAGCGAGCGGCUGCAGGGGCAUCGCUGUGCCUGCUCCCAGCCUGGGAGGCACAGGGGUGCAGGGAGCUCCUCAUCUGCCCCACCUGGAGGGGGGCUGCCACCCUGCGCAGUGAGGCCGGAGCGGGGAGGUCAGGGCUGUAUCCAGCCCCCCAGGGCAGAGCCGAGCCAAACAGUAUUGGCCUCUUAACCUUUAUUACAAGCAAUAAAAUAGAA